AUGUCUCUUGGGUUUCACAGCGCAGUGACCCUUGUCCGCGACUCGGUGCUGCUCACGUCCAUAUCCCUGCUCCUUGUCACGCUCGUCAUCAUCGGGUACCGUCUGCUCCUCCACCCCCUUGCUCGCGUCCCCGGGCCCAGGUUGGCGGCCAUUUCCAAUGUCUGGUACGCUUGGCAAGUUCGCAACGGGCGGAUGCUGAAGUUGGGUAAGAGGCUGCAUAAGCGCUACGGCCCAGCUGUGCGCGUUGGGCCUAACGAGGUCUGGUUCGAUUCUGCAGAUGCUUUCAAGCAUAUUUACCGUGCUGGCAGUGGCUACGACAAGUCCGACUUUUACCUAUCUACUGCGCUGCAGAGGCCGGACAUCACUUACACCCCCCUGCCGACAUUUACAUCCCCCGAUACCCUCGACCUGCUGUCCGAACGCGACACGGAGCGGUACCGCCUCCAACGUCGACUAAUAGGACCCCUCUACCAAACCGCACAUCUGAAGCGCCACGAACCAGCGCUCGAUGCCGUGCUUGAGAGGGUCAUCGCCACCCUCCGCUCGCUAGACGGCGCCGAGGUUGACUUGAAGGAGUGGAUGCACAUCAUCGCGGUCGAGUCCCUCUCGGCCAUCGUCCUUUCCUGGUCGCCCAACUACCUCCGUGACAGGACGGACCACGCGUCCAGCAGCCACGGAUACAUGGGCUGGCGCCGCAAGUCCGUCUUCGGGCUCUUUCCCCUCGCUGUCCGGGCGGAGCUGCUCUCUAAGGCGCUCGGGCGCGCGUUUGCUAAUAUCUGGCGUGUGACGUACAGGACGCCCCGGAACUUUAGGCCCUUCUUCACGGGCGUCUACAGGCAGGUCUCGCGGCGUGUGACGGCUGCCCUCGCGGGCAAGCCGGUUCCGAAGAACGACCGCAAGGACGACUUCCUUUCAGACCUGAUCCGGCUGCAUAAGGACAAGCCAGAGUUCUCCGAGGCGUACCUGCGCCGCAUGGCCAUCACUAACUUCGGCGCCGGUCACGAGACCAUGUGCUCAGCGCUGACGUCCAUCAUGGCCACGAUCGGGUCCCACGCGGAGGUGCAGCGGAGAGCGGCCGAGGAGGUGCGCUCGGCGGCUGUGGAUCCCAAGGUGUACGACAACGCCGUGCGUCUGUUAUACACCCAGGCGGCCAUUAAGGAGGCUCAACGGCUUUACCCUGUCCUCGGGAUGGCGCUGCCCCGCACGGUGCCUCCCGAAGGCCUCGCCGUCCACGGGCGGACGUUCCCGCAGGGGACGACCGUCGGGUGCAACCCCGUGUCCCUGCACAGGAACACAGCCAUCUUUGGGGACGAUGCCGAAGAGUAUAACCCGGACCGCUGGCUGGACGCGGAAAGAGACGUCAAGUCCAUGGAGCGUUUCAACCUCACCUGGGGCGGCGGGGGCAGGAUGUGUCCCGGGCGACACCUCGCCGAGCUGGUGGUGUACAAGACCAUCCCUGCGUUACUGGAGCACUUUGACGUGGAGGUUGUCAUGCCGCCUGAAGAGGAGAUACAGUACUACUUCAUGGCGAUGCUUACGGGUGUGAGAGCCCGGUUCGUGGCGAAAAUCAAGAAGGAAUGA